AUCCUGAGUACAUGACAAGUAUAUAAAAGACACACACAAGUGCUUGUGAACUUAUAAUACAGAACGCUCAAUCCUGCAUUACUUGUGAGCUCUCAUCAAGAAAAAUAAUGAAGACAUUGCUGGUGGUCCUCAUUCUUGUUCUGGCGUUGAACUACGGAUCUGCACUGAAGUGCAACCACUGCGUUCCUCAGGGGGGCACACGCUGCACACCAACUCAAGAGACCUGUGACUCGGGGAAAGAUGCUUGUAUCGCAGCCAGAUUCAACUUCCCUCCUUUCAUGGGCUUCCGGAGAUGUAGCAGUAUGACAGAGUGUCUUAUUCUCUCGAGUAACACUGCCAUGAAAGCUAAAUGCUGCCAUUCAGACCUCUGCAAUAACAUGAUCAUCAUUUAGACUGACGUCUGUCAAACCUUUCCAAGUUUAUAAUUUUACAGAUGUUCAAAAGAGGCUUCACCAUUUCCCAACAAAAAAUAUUAUGAUUUAUAAUAUGG